AUGCCGUUAGGUCCCUGUGGAAAGCAGCUGGUUUCUGCGCUUGGGCUACCUGGCCUCCCACACACUUGGAUACGCCCGUUACGAAGAACGUACGCGAUUUCUCGCUUUCCGGCAAGGAGAACUGGUUUCGGGAGAUCAUCGUCCGCCACCCGCAAGCCCCGGAAGGAGUCAGAGAUCUCUCAACCAGAAGAUUCGCGCUCUGACGAAGACACGAGUUCUCUGCGCACCAAAGCUCAACCUUGGGAUAACGUUAUGGGUCGAAUGGGAGGUGAUCCUGAAGUCGGCCUGAAGCGCUUACUCUCAAACGAUGCUCUCGUAGUUACCAGACAACUUGAGAUGCUCAACAUUUUUUCGCUGGACUGUGAACCGCUUGGCUACAUCGCAGAGGAAGCGCACGGGUUUCUUUCGGUAUUUUCUCGGCAAAUAUUCAGGACUCAUAGACCAUUCCGCGCACUGGUGAUGGAUUUAGAGGGUUCUCCCCUUCUUUGGCUUCGCCGGCCAUUUGCGUGGAUCAAUUCUCGCAUGUUUGUCCAGCGUUCCCCACCCUCUGACUUGUCUCCACCAAGCGGACAACCGGUACUCGACAUAUUCGCAGAGGUCCAGCAAGAAUGGCAUCUGUGGAGAAGGAGAUACAAUUUGUUCCUCAAAACCAAACCCCUCCGCGUCCUCACUCCCAUAUCCUCAACGGAUUCCGAGCCAGAAUCCCCAGGAGAGCAGUUCAACCAGUUCGCGCGGAUUGACGAGGGGCUUUUGGCCUGGAAUUUUGUUCUGAGGAAUAGCGAUGGAGACGGAAUGGCUACUAUCCAACGCGCUUUUCGGGGAUUUGGAAGAGAGAUCUUUACGGAUACUGGCCAGUAUGCAGUCUCCUUCAACGCACCUGAAGAGCAGGAACUGUCGAUCCGCGGAGAACUGAUACGAGCCCCACGUAGAUCUCGUGGUAGAGAUCUGACACUUGAUGAGCGAGCGGUGCUGAACAUUGACUACGAUUACUUUUCGAGGCAUUCUGAAGGGUGA